ACAGACGAAAAGGAAAUGCCUGCUUUGUGUGACGUGCUCUCAGCUGAAAGGCGGACUGGCGAUUGGCGUCUCUCCUCGGACACCGUAGUGCACGCAUGGCCCUCCGGGUUCAUGUUGAAGGUGACAGGUGACGGUGUCAUGCCGGGGACUCUCACUCUGUUACCGGUCACCGUCUGUGCCGCCGCCGGCGACGGAGACAAAGAGGCGGCGAGCUCCGUGUUGAACCGGGACGAACUGUCUCUGUACUCGGCUCCUCCGCAGAGACCCGCGUAUGAGGAGCCUGAAGCGGGUCAGCUGGAGCGGAGUGUGGCCUCCCUCAGGAAGCAGCUGGAGCCGCAGUCCGCCUGGUGCCAGGCCACGUACGACAGAAUCAAACCCGCGGUUCACGGCGUGCUCCAGUGUGGACACGACACUUACGCCUACUUGAAGAACCCUCCGAAGGACUUCUACCCCCGGGCGGGAGUCAUCGGGAUCACCGGUGUCCUGGGGCUGCUGCUCGCCAGACGCUCCAGGAUUAAGAGGCUCCUGUACCCGGCCGGCCUGGUGACCGUGAGCGCCUCCCUCUACUACCCGGAGCGAGCGGCCGCCAUCGCGAAGUCCGCCGGGGACUCGGUGUAUGACCGAGCCGUGCAGGGGUACGCGGCCGUGGAGAAGAUGCUGAACCCGCAGAACAAAGCUGAAAAGGCCGCAGACUCAGAAACGAAACCCCGAUGAGCGCAGGAAGAUCCAGCAGCUUCUCAGCACUAAGAAGCCCGACAGCAGCUCCUCAGACCGGCUCUAAACUGUGUGACUCUAGCCCACUCUUUGCACUAAGCUCCACACGGAUCUCAGGCCCGUCACAGGGGGUUUGCAAUACAAUGAUAAACUUCUGCCCCUGAUUUGAAUGUAUAUUUAUGUAGAGAACAAAUAAAGUCAACCAGUCCUACAAUAAAAUGUUGCUGGACUUAAUUCUGUCAAAAGUUACAUCGAUUAAGAUUAAUGUCAAUCAACUAUAUCUGCACUAAUUCUGAAAUUACUUGAUUUUAAAAAUAUAUUUUGUCAAUCAUUCAACAUUUCUUGCUUAACUGAAGACACGUCAUGGUUCCAGCUUGUUAACACUGAACACUUGCAGCUGAAUUAAACAGAGUAUAUUUGAACUAAGCAAAAGAAUCAGUCUAUUUGUCAACACCUCUUGCUUUUUAUGUUUUACAGUGCAAAUUAUUUAUCAACACAGCAAACUACAGGCUGACCGACCACAGAGACGACAGUACGAGGAGUUAGCUGUGGUAGAUAUGAGCUGUCUCACAUAUGGCUCAGUAACAUUCAUUUAACAAGCCAGAUUAAAUUAGCAAUAUAUCCCUUCCUGUAAAGUUCAUUAGCCAUUUGUGGAGACCAAACUGUGUUAUUUGUAAUUAAAUUAUUAUUAAAGAAAAUACCUGGAAUGCAAAGGGAAUUAGAACGUUAUGACUGUUUAACAUCUUUAUUCUUCAUCUCAGUCAAAAA